AAGAGAUGAAAGAUAUUAUAGGUCCCUUGCGUCACCUAGGAGUUGCUGCCGUCUCCUUUCUUCUUCUUCCCCAAAAUUCUAAACACUUUCUCUCUCUUCAGGAGAAAAAAUAAAUUAUUUUUUAAGUAUUAUUUUAUUUUCACUUAUUUUCCCACUCUUUUUCUCAGACAAAUUGUUUUUUUUUUUCAAAUUUAUUUUCUCUAAGAUACCAUUUCCGAACCCAGAAAAGGACCUCAAAAGCCUCUUCCACUGACAAAAAAAGGGGUCUUUUCCUUUUUUUUUUUUGCAUUUUUUAGUUUUUAGGGUUUGGUUAAAUCAGGGCCGCUGAAGGAGGAGGAUCUAAUGGCGGCGGCGACGACGGCACAAGGGCAAACGGUGAUGAUGGACCCCACGGUACUAGAUGAUAUAAUCAGACGGUUGACAGAAGUCCGAUCAGCAAGGCCAGGGAAACAAGUGCAACUAUCUGAAACCGAGAUCAAGCAGCUUUGUGUAGCUUCCAGGGAUAUCUUCCUUCAACAGCCCAAUUUGCUUGAACUCGAAGCACCCAUCAAAAUUUGCGGUGACAUACAUGGACAAUAUAGUGAUUUAUUGAGGCUCUUCGAGUAUGGGGGUUUUCCUCCGAAUGCCAAUUAUCUAUUUCUAGGUGAUUAUGUGGAUCGUGGCAAGCAGAGUUUGGAAACAAUAUGUCUUCUACUUGCUUAUAAGAUUAAGUCAGAGAACUUUUUCCUAUUGCGAGGAAACCAUGAGUGUGCAUCUAUUAAUCGGAUAUAUGGAUUUUAUGACGAAUGCAAACGACGGUUUAAUGUGAGACUUUGGAAAAGCUUUACUGAUUGUUUUAACUGCCUUCCUGUGGCGGCACUUAUAGAUGACAAAAAUUUGUGUAUGCAUGGUGGUCUUUCCCCUGACUUGACAAACUUGGAUCAAAUUAGAAGCUUAUCUCGUCCAACUGCUGUUCCUGACACUGGUUUGCUGUGUGAUUUGCUCUGGUCUGACCCUGGUAGAGAUGUUAAAGGAUGGGGAAUGAAUGACAGAGGAGUUUCAUUCACUUUUGGUGCGGACAAAGUGUCAGAAUUCUUAACGAAGCAUGAUCUAGAUCUUGUCUGCCGUGCGCAUCAGGUUGUGGAGGAUGGUUACGAAUUCUUUGCUGAUAGGCAACUUGUUACAAUAUUUUCAGCACCUAACUAUUGUGGCGAAUUUGAUAAUGCUGGUGCAAUGAUGAGCGUCGAUGAAAACCUGAUGUGUUCUUUCCAGAUUCUCAAGCCAGCAGAGAAAAAAGCAAAGUUCUUGUCCACUAAAAUGUGAUAGUUGCAGCUAUCAAUGUAUAAUGGCUUACAAGUCUUUACCAAGAUAUCCUUUUUAUUUAGGUCCCAAAAAUGGUUAAAACUGAAGAUUGCUGGCUUCAGAACUGUAGCUAGAGGAGAUGCAAGUGACGGCUUCAUGCAUACUGUCUGUAGGGCAACAAGAUGUACAAGUCUGGUUUGAGCAAUAGCUAUUGUGUAGGGUAGCACAAGCCAGAAGUGUUUUUUCUCUUUUUAUUCUUAUUUCUCCCCCCUCACUGUUUAUCUUUUCUUUAUAGCAGUUAAAUCUGCGGUGCACGUGUAGAUAUAUCUGGUCUGGCAACUCAUACUUGUGCUUGAGUUGUUGGAUCAUAAAAAAUGGCCGCCUCCGUCUUCUAAAGAUUUUUGGUUUUUCCCAGACUACUCACUGAUUGAGCUGUUUGUAUGGAUGAAACUAGGUGCAUUCAAAUUUUAUAAGAUGGUUAAUUGCAAUUAAGGGUCUCUAUUGUUCA